CGAACUUAUUUUGAAAGGCAGCCACCGGAAGUGGCGCUUGCGUCUCCACGACAAGCGGCUUGACGCCGGGUCUCCGUCGCGGCAGUCGGAGAAACCGAAGCGGUGGAUUCAAGUAUUUUAAACGUCGGUCCUCCGCCUCUCGGUUCCCGCAGCCUGCAGGGAUGGGCCGCGAUCUGGAUGGCUGACCGUCAGGGACGAGGACCAAUCGCACGACGAGAUGCUGGCUCGCAACCGCUUCCUCCUCCUGGUGCUGGUGGGCGGGGCGGCGCUGGCCAUCAUCAGCCUGAGCCUGCAGUUCUGGAACCUGAUCCCCGUCGCUCCCACGCUGGAGGAGCUGCCCUUCCAGCGGGCGGGUGGAGGCGGUGCGGCGGCCCCGGCGAAGAGCAGAAAGAGGGUUUUCCCGGCGCCUCACACCGAGGAGCCCGACCCCAUAUUGGAGGCCUACAGCUACUGCAACACCCCCAACCGCACCGAGCAGGCCUGGGAGGGUCACAGUCCGGCUGACUACAAGCUGCUGUCCGUCCAAGUGAUGAUUCGCCAUGGCGACCGCGCCCCGCUCUACUACAUCCCCAAAACCAAGCGACCGGCCAUCGACUGCACCCUCUCCGCCAGCAGGAAGCCCUCCCACCAGCUGCUGGACUCCUUCAUCCGCCACAUGGCCCAGGGGGGCCGCGGCCACUGGGAGCCCCCGCUGGGCUCCGUCCCCCGUCUGCCCAACCACAGCGCCUGCGAGAUGGGGGAGCUCACGCAGACGG